AUGGGGCCUUACCAUUAUGAGCCGGACGAUCGCGAGCCUACGAAACUGAACGAUCCAUCCAGUGAAAAUCCAUCGAGUUCAUCGGACUCGAUAAUUCUAACGAAUUCAGCGGAUCCUCCGAGCGACGGAGGUGAGUCCUCCUGGAUUGAAAAUGGCGAGACAGACAUCGAUCUCGAUGAAACGAAAGAUUCGAAGAAAAUUAACAAGAAGAAAGAAGAAUCCGAGCACGUUGAAACUAUUCAUCCAGAAAUUCACAGACACUCCAAUGCGCACAUUUCUAACAAAGACAGGAAAAAGAAGGCAAGCAAGUUGGUCCAAGAUCCUAAGGUCGUAAAUUUGAAGAAGCGCGAGAAACAGACCAAGGAAGAAAAUAUUCAUGCACAGAGAAACGAAGAGCUGUUAUCGGUGAAGAAAAAGGAUAUCGAAAGGAUAUACGAACAAAAAAAUUAUGCUUACCUUCGACCGGAGGCGAUGAAAAACUUGCGGUUCGUCUCGAAACCAAUACCUGAAGACACAGAUCCAGACACUUCUUCUGAUCAAAAAUCUGGAGAAAAAAAACCAUAA